UUCGAAUGGGUCUCGAUGUGGUAAUAGCAACACCUGGACGUUUAAUUGACCAUUUACACAAUUCACCGAAUUUUUCUUUGUUGGAUAUUGAAGUUUUAGUUCUCGAUGAAGCUGAUCGGAUGCUUGAAGAACAAUUUAUGGAACAACUUAGUGAAAUAAUUAAAUUGUGUGCUCGAAAUAGACAAACAAUGCUUUUCUCCGCAACACUUAGUGAAGCGGUUGAGGAUUUGGCACGUCUUUCUUUGGAUAAACCAAUUAAAUUAUUUGUUAAUGAAAAUACUGAUGUUGCUUUGAAUUUACGUCAAGAAUUUGUUAGAAUUAGAGGAGGAAAUGAAGAGGAAAAUUCUCUUAGAGAGGCUAUGGUUGCUGCUCUUGUCACUCGAAACUUUUCUGAACGAACAAUUAUUUUUGUUCGUACAAAACAUGAAUGUGAACGUUUAUGUAUUUUAUUAGCCUUAAUGGGAUUAAAAACUGGACAAUUACACGGAGGGCUUAAUCAAGUUCAAAGAGUACAAGCACUUCAUUCAUUUAGAAAACAAAUAGAUGUAAAAAUUCUUUGUGCUACUGAUUUGGCUGCGCGUGGAUUGGAUAUUGAAGGGGUUAUGACGGUAAUAAAUAUGCAUAUGCCAAAUACAAUAAAAAAUUAUAUUCAUCGAGUUGGACGAACAGCUCGUGCUGGAAAAACAGGAAGAGCAAUAUCAAUGAUUGGAGAAAAUGACAGAAAACUUGCAAAAGAAAUAUUAAAAGAAGAAACAACAAAUUCCUCAAAUAUAAUUCAAAGAAGUAUUCCUCCAGAAAUUAUUAAUUUAUUUUUAAAACAAAUUAAACAAUUAGAAUCAAGUAUAGAAAAAUUAAUUGAAGAUGAAAAAAUUGAAAAAAUAAUUUUACAAAAACAAGAGAAACCAAUUGUUAAAACUGAGGGGGAAAAUGUUGUUAAUAAAUUAAUGAAGAGAGGAAUUAAAGAAAAGAAAAAAUAUUUUAAAUCAGAUAAAUGGCUAAAAGGAGGAAAAAAACAAAUUGAUUCAAAAAAUAAACGUCCAACUAAAUCAAAAGGAAGGAAACGAGAAGAAAAGAAAAAUGCAAAAUAUGAGGAGGCCUUAAAAGGAAAUAAAUCAGAAAAAAUAUAUUUGAAUUUAAAAGUAAAAGGAAAACGAGAAAAAACUUCAUUUACUUCAGAAAUUGCUGAUAUUAGCAAAUUGGCAAUUAAAAGACACAGGAGAGGGCCUGAUGAUGCAGAUUUUCGAAAAAUUAGAAAAGAAAGAAGAAAAAGUGGAAAUGAAAAGAGAAAAUAA